CGUGACCCGAUUUCUCGGAUGCUGGUUCCGAGCCGAUAGAGAACGGCUGCUGCUGCUAUUGCUGCCUCUGCUGCUAUUGCUUGACCUCCUGCAUCUACGACGAUUCUUUGGCUGAAACUCGAGCGAGACGUCAAAGCAGUCUUACCGUCACCAUCAUGAGACCAACAUUGCCAUCUCUGAUCCAUAUCCUGGUCCCUGUCAAACGGUCCAUCGACUAUGCAGUUAAAAUCCGAGUAGCUUCUGACCAGAAGGGUGUAGACACUUCGGUGAAGCAUUCGAUGAAUCCCUUCGACGAGAUCGCCGUCGAAGAAGCCAUCAAGCUCAGGGAGAGGUCCAAAGAGCUGGUGGAAUCCAUCACUGCAGUCUCCAUUGGCCCUGCCAAAUCGGUAGACACCAUCCGUACAGCCUUGGCGAUGGGAGCCGACACCGGUAUUCACAUCACCACCCCUGAAAACGUUACUGUCGAGCCCGUUUCCGUCGCGCAUGCCUUGAAGGCCGUGGUCGAGAAGAACAAGUACGACCUCAUCAUCAUGGGCAAGCAGGCGAUCGAUGAUGAUUCAGGAAGUACGGGAGGAAUGUUGGCUGGUAUGUUGGGAUGGAGUCAGGCUAGCUUUGCCAGUAAGCUGGAAGUUGAGUCCAGUGGCGCUGUAAAGGUCACGAGGGAGAUUGACGGAGGUUUGGAAAAAUUGGAGACAAAGUUGCCAGUUAUUGUCACCACGGAUCUGAGAUUGAACGAACCGCGCUUUGCGACACUCCCAAAUAUCAUGAAGGCGAAGAAGAAGAAGAUCGAGUCCUUCAAGCCUGAGGAUCUGGGUCUGGACUUUAAACCAAGAAUGGAGACUAUUUCCGUGUCAGAACCACCAGUACGACAAGGAGGGCAGAAGGUGGAAAGCGUGGACGAGCUCAUCUCCAGGAUGAAGUCUGCUGGUGUCGUGUAGAGCAUGUAACA